AUGAAUAAGUGGAGCAGGCUGUACGUUAUAACUGUACGCAGGACUUUUCCAGGGAGAAGAAACAUUGUACUGACGCAGUACUGGAAUAAGAGCAAGAAAAUGAGUGACGAAUCGAAUGACGUGAAGUGGAACGAUGCCCUGACACCAUUGCAGCUGAUGGUGCUGAGAGAUAAGGCCACUGAAAGGCCCAACACCGGUGCGUAUUUACACACCAACGAGUCCGGUGUCUACCAUUGUGCCAACUGCGACAGACCGUUGUAUUCGAGCAAGGCCAAGUUCGACGCUCGUUGUGGAUGGCCCGCAUUCUACGAAGAGGUAUCCCCUGGAGCCAUCACAUAUCAUCGUGACAAUUCUUUAAUGCCUGCGAGGGUGGAGAUAUGUUGUGCAAGGUGUGGUGGACACUUGGGACAUGUGUUUGAAGGUGAAGGCUGGAAACAGUUGCUAAACUUGCCCAAGGACACCAGACACUGUGUGAACAGUGCGUCUUUAAACCUCAAGAAGGAUUAA